CGACCCUCGAUCGAGGGGUGAAUGCGACCGCCUCGAGCGCUCGUCGGGGCAUCGUUCGCGGCGUUCUCGCGGGUCUCGCGCCCGGGAUAUUGCGCUCGCGCGCUCGGACUCGCGCCCUGGCCCGUCGUCGACGCGCUUCGACUCGACCCUCUUCUCGGCGCUCGUCGUCAUUCAACAACGGAUUCGAGUUCGGGACCCUUCGCUGCGGGGCGCGGGAUCCACGCGACGUCCGCUUCGAUGUCCGCCCCGGUCACGCGCGCGGUCGCGGUCGAUCCGGACGUCCUCGCCCCGCCGUUCGCGCGAUACAGUCACGGCUGCGAGGUCUCCUUCCCGCCCGAGCGGAAGACGCGCAUGGUCUUCGUCUCCGGGCAGCUCGGGGUGAGACCGGACGGCAAGUGCGCCACCGACGCGUACGCGCAGGCGGUGCAGUGCCUUAAGAAUGUCAAGGCGGUCCUGCACGCGAGCGGCAUGGGCGUGGAGAACAUCGUGCGCCUCAACGCCUACGUCAAGCACGACAGCCACCUGAAGGACUACAUGCGAGCCAGAGACGAGUGGCUGGAGGGCGCGGACACUCAGUGGCCCGACGGACCCCCAGCUUCGACGCUGAUGAUCGUCAGCGGGUUCGCGCGGCCGGAGUUCAAGGUGGAGGUGGAGGCCACCGCGGCAAAGUGACCCGUUAAGAUUAGGUCGUUGGCGUCGCAAGUAACGGUAGGUCGACGGCGACACGAGUGAUUUAACGUAGCACUAAUAAGCGUCUU